AUGACGGACAUCAAUGACCUGUUUGCUCCCGCUCCCGAACCGCCCACCGAGCUGGGUCGGUAUCGAGUUCUAUCUUCCACCGCCGGCGUGAGAGUGUCUCCCUUGUGUUUGGGUGCCAUGUCCCUUGGGGAUGCCUGGACCAAGGGCAUGGGCAGCAUGAACAAAGAACAAUCCUUCAAACUCCUCGACACCUUUUUCGAGGCCGGUGGGAACUUUAUCGACACUGCUAACAACUAUCAAAACGAACAAUCCGAAAAGUGGCUUGGUGAAUGGAUGGCGGAAAAGAAGAACCGGGAUCUCAUGGUGAUUGCUACCAAGUACACCACACCCUACCGAAGCUGGGAGCUCGGCAAGGGCAAGACGGUCAACUACUCCGGGAACCACAAGAAGAGUCUGCACCUCUCGGUCCGGGAUUCUCUUGCGAAGCUCCAGACCGAUUACAUUGACAUUUUGUACCUUCAUUGGUGGGAUUGGACCACGUCCAUCGAAGAAGUCAUGGACAGCCUCCACGCCCUCGUGCAGUCGGGCAAAGUCCUCUACCUGGGCGUCUCGGACACACCGGCGUGGGUCGUCGCGGCGGCCAAUACGUACGCGCGCGCCCAAGGGAAGACACCGUUUAGCGUGUACCAGGGCCGGUGGAACGUGAUGGAGCGCGACUUUGAGCGCGAGAUCAUCCCCAUGGCGCGGCACUUUGGGAUGGCACUGGCCCCCUUUGACGUGCUGGGCGGGGGCAAGUUCCAGAGCAAGAAACAGCUCGAGGAGCGCCAGAAGCAGGGCGAGGGCCUCCGCACCAUCUUCGGCGCCGUCGGGCAGACGCCGCAGCAGGAGAAGAUCUCGGCCGCGCUCGACAAGGUCGCCCAGGAGCACGGCGUCGAGUCGCUCGCCGCCAUCGCCCUCGCCUACGUCAUGCAGAAGACGGUCAACGUCUUCCCCAUCGUCGGCGGCCGCAAGGUCGAGCACCUCCAGGCAAACAUCCAGGCCCUCUCCAUCAAGUUGACCGACGAGCAGAUCCGCUUCCUCGAGAGCCAGACCACCUUCGAUCCGGGCUUCCCCACAAACUUUCUGGGAGAGUCGCCCAGGGCCUCGGGGAAGACGCCCUGGACUCUAGCCGCGAGCGCCUCGCUGGCCUGGAACACUCCCGAGAAGCCUGCGGGGCCUUAG